ACGCAACCGCUUUCCUUUAAUAAACAAAUAGCUCCAAAAAUAGGCAACCGAAUAUUCCCAGAAUGUUGAUUCAUUAUUCUCUCUCUCGAGUUAACCCCUGUUCCCUUUAAUUACCCCUCUCUCUCUCUCUCUGUGGAUUCUAAAAUCCUCAGAAUUUCGAGGAUAUACGAUGAAACUCGACAUGGGUAAUGAGAAAAGGCGCGAGAUCGAGAGUGAUGACGACGACGACGAUGUGGUCAUUGAUAAAUCUUGUUACCCUUCUCUCGGCGGUGAGCUUACCGCCACCUCUAGAGAUGGGGAGGAGCUCUUCGUACCUCCAUUGAAUUUUGCGAUGGUUGAUAAUGGGAUUUUUCGCUCGGGGUUCCCUGACACUGCUAACUUCAGUUUCUUGCAGAGCUUGAGGCUGCGCUCGAUUUUGUGCCUUUGCCCGGAGCCGUACCCGGAGGCGAAUAACGAGUUCUUGAGGGCAAAUGGGAUUAGGCUGUUUCAGUUUGGGAUUGACGGGUGCAAGGAACCUUUUGUCAACAUCCCAGAAGAUACAAUUCGCGAGGCUCUUAAAGUUGUCCUUGAUGUUCGUAACCACCCUCUGCUUAUUCACUGCAAAAGAGGAAAGCAUCGAACCGGUUGUUUGGUUGGAUGUUUAAGAAAAUUACAGAAGUGGUGUCUUUCUUCAGUAUUCGAUGAAUACCAGCGUUUUGCUGCUGCAAAGGCUAGGGUUUCCGAUCAAAGGUUCAUGGAGCGUUUCGAUGUCUCCAGUUUGAAGCAUCUUUCGACUUCAUUCUCAGGUUCACAGUGCUCUUAAGAGUUAGUUUAAAACGGCUUACUUUUCUUGUUCUGGAGAGAUUUCAGGUUUUUCUGUCGGGAAAGAUUUUGGGCUUCUCCUCUUAAGUGCUCAUUUUCAUGGGCAUAGAAAUAAGAUAGAAAAGGAUCCCGUUGUGAUAUGGGUAUGAAGUUUGUACUAUAUGCGUUACGAAUCGCAAGGUGCUUGCUUUUGUAAGAUCCCCUUGCAUUAAUAAUCUUUCGUUCGAAGCUGUUUACAGGUGGGCAAACUUGCGUUAGCCGACUUUUAGUUAAUUUGUUUUACAGAAUAUGCUCAACAUUCAUUGAACAAGCGUACAUCGUUUCUUAAAUUGUGGAUAUCCGUGAUUGCUGUCAA